GUAAAAACUGAUUUGGCUUAACGUUUUAUUUGGAUCAAAAAGCCUAAAUCAUAUCUCUUAAGAAUGCCUAUAUCAAGCUCUCGACGUCGACUAACCAGCCCUUUUGUGGGCCCAUCAGCGAGUAGCACAUCAUCACUGUUGAACACCAUCUCCAACUCGCCGGUGGCACAGUCGAAAGAAGGAGGGGGCGCUAUCUCAGAUAACAGACUGGAAUCAUUGAAGAAGGUCGGGAAGGCCUCAAAGCACCGAUCUGUAGGAGCCCGAAGGAUUACCACUAGCAUUAAAUUCCCGAUCCUAUCUCGAACUCAACCUACAAUUCGGCAACAGCUGAGAGUCAACCACAUCACAUCCCCGUCCAAACAUCACCGCAGAGGGCGUACCACCACACAUAUAACAUCUAGCACCAGCAGCCGACAACACGGUGACCAGAGGCUGUCGAUGGGCAAAGACCACUUUGCUCUAAAGAAGAUUCGCUUCUUCAACGCCCCACCGCAGCCUGCCCCACUGACGUUGUGCUUCUCCUACCCGGGAUAUGACGUGACGCACAUGGAUGUCUUAGAAGAUAUCAAGAAACGACGAGCCAUUGAAGUGAGCAGGAUUAAAAGUAUUCAGUUUGUGGAUAUGAACGUGGUUCUAGGGGCAGCAGGAGUCGAUAACAGAUGGUUGAUAACCUUAGAAAAUCAGAAUGCUCGCUAUAAACUUUUCCGAGACGGACUAUCUAUCAAGGGCGAACGAGUCUUUCUCAGGCGGUACGACGAUGUCAACUAUGAAGAUUACCUCGACUUUUUGCGGCGGAAAAACACAUUGCAGAGCGACGCGCACACCGCUGUGCAGAGACUGUUAUCCCUAUAAAUUUCACACGCAAAAUUCCUACAGUAAUUUUGGAAUGUGAUUGAGCAUUAUACCCAGCGUAUCGCAACCUUUUUGUGCAUAAUUUAUGCAGUUAGUGAAAUUAUUUGAAUUGUGCUCACUGGCUCGUAACCAAUCAGAUUGCUGGGAUUUCUAAACCCAUUCUAUAAAAUGUAUUAAUCCAAUAUGACCCAGAGCAUAAACCUGGCAUAAAGUUGGACCAUAAUGCAUGAUCCCGGCAGUGAUAUGUCUAUGAUAGUCAGGUGGGAGUAAAUGGCGAAAUAAAUUGCACACACCAUUUUCAAAAUAAUGUCUUACGUUUCAUUGAAUUUAUUGCACAUAAUCAUACCAUAUAGUAUGAAUAGUAAAGUAAAAAUAGUUCAAUAGUAAAGUAAUAAGA